AUGCGGCUGGCGCUACCGUGGCUUGUGGUUGGAAUUUUGAGCUUCCUUAGGCCGUGGGCCGACGGGCAGGACUUCUUCUCCAUGCUUCCGUCAGCUCCUGGCGGAGUGGGACGCAAGAAACUGUUCAUCACACGGGUCGGCCAGUGCGUGGGGAAGAAGAAUCUUCCCAUCUACCUGCCGGACAUGCGGAUCGCGCCCUACAAUCGCACGAACUACGUCGUCAGUGGCGAACUGCACUUCCGGGAGAACUUACCGGACUACAAGCUUUCGGUGAUGGUAAAACAGUGCGACGACAUCCGGGCAACGAUCAACUGUCGGCCGUUUCUGAAUAACAUUGCCAACAGUGACGGCUGCGGUUUGCUGCGGGCUACCGGAACAAUGUAUAACGUGUACAUGCGUAACUUCCAGCCGAAACUGCAGUGCCCGUUCUGGAAUGGGACGUACAUUAUGGGAGAAACACUGGUGGAUGAUAACCUGGUGAAAUACUUGCCGGGUUCCGGAAGCACAUUUUGGGAAGUACGAAUGACCGGCCGUGUCAAAGAGCGGAUGAUUUUCUGCGUCGUGAUGCAGCUCAACGUUCGUCCCAAGAAGUCGAAGCAUUAA